CAGUAGAUGAUCUAGCCGUGUCAGAGUGCGAACUUUUUCAGAUUCUGUUUAUAUCCCCAAACAUUUUUCAUAAUCUCUACUCGGUAUCUGGGCGUUUGUUCUAAAAUGGGUACCACGACCAAGCCUGGGUGGCAGUGUGUCAGGCAGCAAUUGUUUUUAUUUUUAUUUUAUUCGCUUCAGUGCUUAACCUCAGGCACCAUACGAUAUUCUGUCCCGGAGGAGCUGGAUCGUGGAUCUUUAGUUGGAAAUGUUGCAAAUGAUUUGGGGAUACCUCUCAAGGAUGUGGUAGCCCAGCGGUUGAGAAUUACCUCAACAACAAAGACUCGGUUUUUAAAUAUUAAUUUACAGACCGGAGAUUUGUACCUUACAGAGAGAAUAGACAGAGAGGAACUGUGUGACAAAACGCCUUCAUGUAUCCUGACAUUUGAAGCUGUUGUUGAAAAUCCACUGCAGGUAUUUUCUGGAGAAGUUGAAAUUCAGGAUGUCAAUGACAAUCCCCCGGUGUUCCUACCGGAUGAGAUAAAAUUGAUUAUCAGUGAAACCACAUUUCCAGGAUCCCGUUUUCCUUUAGGGCAGGCGGAGGACCCCGAUGUUGGUGUAAAUUCACUGCUUGAUUAUGACCUUAACCUUAAUGAAUAUUUCAGCUUGAUUGUGACGGACAGUGAAAGCGGUCACUUUAUAGAGCUUGUUCUAAAUAACAGUUUGGAUUACGAGAAACAGAGCGAUCAUUUCCUUACAAUCACAGUCAAAGACAAUGGGAUCCCUAGGAGAUCUGGUACCUCACAGAUACACAUUAGCGUUGUGGACGUCAAUGAUAACAAACCUGCAUUCAGUCAAGCAGUUUAUAAGACCAGCAUAAAAGAAGGUUCACCGAAAGGUACGUUACUAGUGAAAGUAAAUGCAACAGACCGUGAUGGUGCAGCUUAUGGACAGGUAAGAUAUGCUUUCAAAAAAAUAUCAGAGACAACACGUUCUGUGUUUAAACUGGAUCCAGUUAGUGGCGAAAUACGCCUGGAGGGGAUUCUAGAUUAUGAAGAAACAAAACGGUUUGAAAUUACAGUUGAGGCUAAAGAUGGCGGUGGACUGACUACUCAGUGCAGGGUGAUUAUUGACAUUCUCGAUGAUAAUGAUAACGCACCUCAGAUAACCGUUUCCUCUGUUUCUGAUGACAUUUCAGAAGAUUCAAUUCCCGGCACUGUUAUUGCAUUUAUAAACAUAGCUGACCUGGAUUCCGAGGGCAAUGGUGAAACUAGCUGUCACCUGCAAGAAUAUAUUCCAUUUAAACUGACCACUUCAUACAGGAAUUACUACACACUAGAGUUGAAUGGAUCACUUGAUCGAGAAAAGGUUCCUGAAUACAAUAUUACAAUCACCGCUAUUGAUAAAGGUUCACCACCGCUUUCAACUAGAAAGACAAUUUUCCUUAAGAUUACCGACAUAAAUGACAACCCACCCACAUUUUCUAAAGUAAUAUACAAUGCGUAUGUAAGGGAAAACAACCCUCCUGGGUAUAUAAUCCACACAGUGGAAGCAAGAGAUGCUGACUGGAACCAAAACGCUCGAGUAACAUAUUCCAUUUUUCCUGGUUAUGUUGGUGAAUCUUUGGUUUCCACAUUUGUCUCCAUUAACCCAGAUAACGGUAACAUUUAUGCUUUGCGUUCGUUUGAUUAUGAAGCGUUUAGAGAAUUUUCUCUAGUAGUUAAAGCUAUGGAUGGUGCGUCCCCACCCCUGUCAGCAAAUGCUACUGUGAAUAUUUUCAUUCAGGAUGAGAAUGAUAAUUCCCCUAAAAUCUUAUAUCCGAUGUCAAGUGAGGAAGCUACAACUGUGGGCAUUGAGAUAGUACCCUUUUUAGCAGAAACAAAUUAUCUUGUGACUAAAGUGGUAGCUGUGGAUGCGGAUUCUGGGCAAAAUGCGUGGCUUUCCUAUCAAAUGGUAAAAGCUACUGAUCCUAGUCUUUUCAAUGUAGGGUAUCACACUGGGGAAAUUAGGACAUCCCGUCCCAUUCAAACGAAGGAACACGUGAAACAAAUUUUGCACAUAAUAGUAAAAGACAACGGACAACCAUCACUUUCAUCCACUGCCACCGUCACCGUAUUUGUAUCAGACUCAGACAGCUUCCCCCAACCCCUUUUGGAUGCCAUUAACCCAGCAGGAAAAAAAGACAGUGACUCUAAUCUCACCCUGUAUUUGCUUAUUUCUGUCAUAUGUGUGUCUGCCUUGUUUCUUUGUUUCAUUAUAAUUCUAAUUAUCAUCAGGUUUCAGAGAUGGAGACAGUCAUCAUUACUUAAGCCAACAUUUAUAGAUUACAACCCUGGACACCCUACAGAUUACAACGAAACAGAUCAGGUAGGACAUAGUCAGAAACCUUUCACACAGAAGGUUUACCUGACCUCUGACUCUGGAAGGAGCGAGUUCCAAUUUGCGAAGCAUUAUGGACUUGAUACAAUGAGAGGCAAAGCAAUUACUGUCACUAAUAGGUCAGAACUCAAUCCAGAAGAUACUUUUUAUGCAGAAACCAAUGCUGCCUCCCAGGUGAGAUCCUUUAUCAAAUGAAUCUUUGCUUAACAUAUAUUGCAAUUUAUUUGUUCUUACUAAAACAAUGUCUGCAUGUCAAUAUUCAUUUUGUCAAAUAUCUGCUUGUUAAAUACUCAUACUUCAAAGCUAUUUUAUACUUAUGUGAACAGAAAUUCAUAGACUGCGAAUAUAAUCACAUUAACAAAAAGUGACAUAAAUAUUAAGACUAUAAAUAAUAUAAUUCACAUUUCAGGUAUAUUUCUUUGAAGAAUGGACUUUGCACAUAGCAUAGCUUAUUUGUUUAAUCUGUUCUGGGACUCAUAUGUGUAAAGUUCUUCACAGGAUCAUAGGAUCACAGGAGUUUACUAAGCUAUUAGCCUUGAGGCCAUUAUAAGCCUAGCCAAGAGUUUAGCCCAUGCUUAGACAAAUCAGCACCCAUUGCCCCUGUCCAG